ACUAAUUCUAAGAGUAUAAGAUCAGCAUUACAAGUUAAUGUAUCCAAAUUAGCAUGUAAUCUUAAAAACUAUGAAGAUUCUUUACAAUCAGAGUUAUGUGAUAUAGAGGAACUUAAAUCCAAUCAGCAUGAUGAAGUUAUUGUCAAGUUAGAUAAAAAUAUAAUUGUGAAAUAG